AAUAGCAGACGAGAAUUUACUGUAGCCAUGUUAGAUUGAUCCUCAGAGGACUAUAUAUAUAUACGUGGAGGAAUACAUGAUUUAGGAAUGUGCAGCAGACCUCAGAAGCCAUUUUGAGAUGAUCUCCCUGUUGAGAAAUCCUAGGAAGAUGCUGAAAUCAACGAACAUGGUUACAUUUCUGUCUGUUUCUCCCUCCGUCUCCUCUAUUUCACCAUGGCAGCUGUCAACCGACGGGACAUUAGCAAAGCGGGGUUUCAAGCUGUGCUCACAGAGUUAAAACGACAUUGAUAUGAAAGAGGACAGUGUCCGUUCACUGUCUCUGUCGAGACAUGUAACACCGUGAGUUUUUUCCAGUCUGAAAUCUUCCAGCAUCUCUCACAACCCAACGUCUCCUCGAGUGACUUGAGGUUAAUUCACUCUCGUACCGGAGAGAAAGGAGGCAGAUCCGUUUUCCAAUGGCUUCUGUGAGCCUGGUUUCCAGUCCCCCAGCCCCCGUUCUUGACAAAAACAUGACAGACUCUGAGCUUGCAAGGGAUGAAAGAGAGGAUGGCGAACUGGAAGAUGGAGAAAUAGAUGAUGAAGGGAUCGGAAUCGAAGAGGAAAACAAAGAGGCUGCAGCGGGGAACGAAGAGAAAGAGAAAGAAGAAAAGACUCACAGGCACUCGAGGAAAAGAUACAAAAAGACUAGAGAGAAGAGGAGGUCCAAAAGGAGGAGGCGCGACAGACCAAAACACCACUCCCCCUCCAGCAGCUCCAGCUCGGACAGCUACGACUCUGACUACGACCGACCAGAGAGAUCCAAGAACCGCAAGAGCCAGGGAUCUGAUGGCCAGUCCUCUCAGCACGGACGCGACCCAAAGGGCGCCCAUGGCAACUCGCAGAAGUCCCCGCAGCACAAGAGCAGCGAAUUCGACAAAUACAGCGACUACAGUGACGACAAGUACGACUACGAGGAAGAGGAGGAGGAUUACGAAGACGACAUGUCCGAGUAUCCGCAGUCAAAAGAUUCCGUUUCUCAGAGUCGCGGCAGGGGACGCCACGCCCAGGGCCAGAUGAAGAGAGGAGGCAUGAGGGGGAUGAAACAACAGCACUUUGGGCAGAGGGGAAGGGGCAGAGGGAACGGCCCAGGAAGAGGUCGCGGGAUGCUCUACAACAAGAACAAGAAGCUGAAGGGCAAACCCUGGGGAGGACGUGGACGAGGCCGAGGAGGAGACCAUUGCAUGGAAGACAUGAUGCCAGAAGGAAAACAUUCCUCUGGAUUUCAGAAGAAACGGCCAAUCAUGAGCAAGGAGUUUAUCAAUCAGCACACAGUGGAACACAACGGUCGAUACAUCUGCAAGUACUUCCUGGAGGGAAGAUGCAUCAAGGGGGAACAGUGCAAGUUUGAACACGAGCUCGUCAUACCAGACAAGAAAAGGGAACUUUGUAAGUUUUAUCUCCAAGGGUACUGCAGUAAAGGAGAUCAUUGCAUUUACAUGCACAAUGAAUACCCGUGCAAGUUCUUUCAUACUGGAGCCAAAUGUUACCAAGGGGACAACUGCAAAUUCUCCCACGAGGCUUUGAACGAUGUGACCAAAGAGUUGCUUGACAAGAUAAUCAACACUGAGGAGGAGAACGCCCGCGAGGACGAGUUGGAGCUGGAGGAUCUGAGGAAGCAGGGCAUCGCUCCGCUUCCCAAGCCUCCUCCUGGGGUGGGGUUGCUGCCCACCCCCGGUCAGAGCAGUCCUACGGAUAGCCAAGCGGGGAAGAAGAUCCCCUCCCUGUUUGAAAUCUCGGUUCUACCUACUGUCGACUUGGCUCAAAAAAUUGCUCUGAGUGGAUCCAACUUCUCCCAGAAUCCGGGUGAAGAGGACUCGCCGAGUGGGAGUAUGGCGCCUUCGGGCCCUUCUGCUCCUCCAGUUCCUCCCACCGAGUCUCCUGAUCCCAUGGGUCACCCCACUGGACAGCCCGGGCCUCAGAGCCCCCAGGGGCAGCACCCCCCACCCAGGUUUCCAAUGCAGCCACCGAUCCCCCCGUGUCCACCCCCGCCUUUCCAUGGAAACCGACCCAAUCUCAACCCUCAGAACAACAUGCCGAUGCCUCCGUUCCCUCCUCCGGCGGAUCUACAGAUGCUACAGAGUCUCUUCUCUUUUCCGUCAAUGGGUCAGAACCCGGUAGAGUUCUUCAGCAACUUCCUCCGAAACCAGGUCAUCGGCCCACAAGGAGUGGACCCCGGUAUGGCCGCCAUGCAGAACCUCCAGCAGCAGAUGGGUGCAGAGUCCCAGCUGCAGUCCUUACCGCCGGCUGUACAGAAGGCCAUUUUAUUACACCUGACUCAGCAGCAACAACAACAAGAGUCACAUCCACAGGGAAAUGAGCCACAGAGAGCAGAAGGCCAGGAUGAUAGCAGUACAAGCAGAGAUGAAACUACGAACUGGUACUCGAGCGACGAGGAGGAUGGGAGUUGUGUUUCCUCCAUCCUUAAAUCCCUCAAGAAGCAGAGUGAGAUGCAGCAGUCCCAGUCCAAGCUCCCCCCGACUGCCCCAGUAGCUCCGGCACUGGGUGACCCUCGGCUUGUGAAGGAGCGGGCCCCGCCCAGCGACCCGCGCGUGAAGACGGACCCUCGACAGCGGCCCCCGGACACGAAAAAGGAGCCGGACGGCGUCGCGGACCCGAGGUUCUCCAGGGACCCCCGGAAGGUGAGACCAGUGGAGCAGAGUUCCUAUCGCCAGCAGAGCCACGCCGCGCCCCAGAAGCCUGCGGCGGGGGACGAGGACGAUGAAGGCGAGCGGGAGCUCCGGGACAAAGCCGUGCUCAUCCCCGUGGAGGCGAGCUCCGACGUGGCGCUGCGAGACCCCCGGUGCCAGUUGAAGCAGUUCAGCCACAUCCGGGUGGACAUCCUGCUGCAGCGGCCAGCCUUUGCACAGACGGUGGUGUGGGGCCCGGAGGACCUCAUCCCUUCCCUGGUGCCCAAGCAGGAGCACUCCAUCAACCUGCCCCUCCCCCCUCUGAUCGCAGACGCUCAGAUGAACCGAACCAGCCUGUCCGACCACCCCCCCGUCUCCAGCCCGCCGGCCAUUGACCCCAGACUGGUAGCUGCGCGUUUGAAGGAACGCAGGAGCCGGCUGCCGUCUGGGUCUCUGGAGUCCCGCUCCGCCACGGAAAGACCCGUGGAUCCGCGUCAACAGAAGACUCUGGACCCUCGGCUGAAGCGCAAAGGGAGUCUGGACUCCAAGCUGCUGUGCCAGAAGGUGCCCUUCUCCGUGGGGGGAGUCGUGGACCCGAGGUUACAGAAGGCCAGUGUCGCCUCCUCUCCUCCAGCGGCGCAAGUUAAGCCGGAGCCGGAGCCUGAGCGGCUGCCCCCUUACGCCCCUCGCCUGGCCUCCUCCGGCGGAGGACUGGAGAGUCCCACUACGAUCCUAGGGGGCAUCAGUCUGUACGAUCCCCGGAACCAAGCGGAGCAGGGUCAGAAGGAGCAGGCGGAGCCGCCUAAAAAGACCUUGACUCUGAAACUCCCGGCUAAGAAAGACAAUACUCCGCCACCCUCACCGGCCCAACAGAGCGGCUCUCUCGAGGAGGCCCGAAGCGCGGCCGGCGCCUCGGAUCGGCCUCCGCCUUCCGGUUCUCCCACAGCGCCUCCUGCCUCGCCUGUCAAACCGCCUGCCGUUCAUAACCUCCCCAUCCAGGCGCUGGCCGGGCUAAUCCGACCCCAGUACGCUGACCCGCGGCAGGCCAAGCAAGGGGGGCACGUCUCCACGGGAGCACAGGAGGAGGUGGGAGAAAAUAAGCAGGAGGAGAAGAAGGAGCCGGACAAGGAGGAUGAGGAACCAAAAGAGGAAGAUCCACAGGAGGAGGCAGACGACAGGACACUGAAAGAUGUGUUCAAGACUUUUGAUCCCACGGCUUCGCCUUUCUGUCAGUAAGCAGCCCAGAGUGGAAAUAUAUAAAGUCACAGAUCGGUGUUCUGAUGGGAUAUUUCUAUUUGUCUUUGUUUAGUUUUGCCUGAACUUAUUCAUUUCUGUAUAUAAAUGAUCCUGUAUAGAUUGACAUCUUAUUCAGUGUGGCACACUAUUGUCCACAGUGCAUCGUUGCUUUUAACGCAACCAUUUUAUUGUUCUCAUGUAUUUUGAAAGUGUGUUUGUAAAGGUCUUUUUUUGUAACAUUCAUGUAUGUUUUAACAAGAUCAGAAAAAGUAACUCUGGUAAUCUGUUUAAUCUCAAAGAAUUGACCUGUAUUCAUCCUGUUAAAAUAUUUUCAAGUCGCUAUACGUUUAGAGAACUGAAAUAUUCAAAAAAUGUCCUUAAAUUGUUUUGUAUUUCCUUAUUUCAAAGCACUUUUAUAUUAUAAGAUCUUUUCUUUUUUUGUUCUUUUAUAAUGAGGGACUUUUUCCACAAUAAGUCUUUAAGUGUUUUCUUUAAAAUUUACAUUUUUAUUGACUUAACACGUUGAUAUUAGUUUGUGAUUUGUAAAUCAUGACAUAUAUUCAUACAAUGAAACGGUUCCCUGCUCAGCUGAAAGGAAAUUUUGCAACAACAAUGUCAGACCUUAAUGCUUUGUGGAUGUAAAGUGACCUUAUGGGCUUUUGUCACUCUCUAACUUGGCUGUAAUGGAAGUAAAUUACUAUUGGUUACUUCAUUUAAUGCAACAUUAUCAUUCCUCAAAACACUCACUGCUGACCUGCUUGUAAAUAUCGAUUGAACAGUUUAUCACUGUUUAUCACAACUAGUAAGUUUACUAUACAAAGAAAACCGAUGUUAUCUUGGUCGCAUUGCAUUGAGGCGACAUGAACAUUAUUGCUGUUAAAUUGACUCUAGAUGAGUCAUGUGUGUCCUACAAAAAGAUGGAUGUUGUUGGCGUGAUGCUCGCCGGUUUGUACUAUUUAAAAAGUCCUGUCUCUGUUCAAAUGAGCUGUGUUGGACUUAAACUGUUCUUAAAAAAACAUUUUCAUAUUUCACCUUGUGUAUAUACAUAUUCACAUGUACAGCCUGUUUUUGAGUGUUUUAAUGAAAAAAGCUUUUGUCAGUUUUGAUUGUUGUGAAAAUACUAUAUGGCAUUUUAACAAAUACGCUUGUUACACUUCAGUGAUUUUAUUAUGAAUAACUGAAAUAAAGACAUGAAACUGU